GCCUGAAAGACGGACGAAGAUUUAACUCGUGCGCGCGGAUCCGACUGUGGUGCCUGGCGACACGGGAUUCGGAAAUCGUAAGACCAUGGCCACUUUGUUGCCCAAGCCGGUCGACCCGGAGCAGGCAGCUAAACAGAAUGAUCCAGCGAAGGUGCAAGGAGUGUUCUUUCCCGGGUCCGAUCUGGACGAAGUGGCAAAACAUUUCAUCGGCAACAACCACCGGUUUCGUGAAAACAUAAUCAUACCGAAACUAUACGGCUCGGUGCAGAUUAAAACCAAUGAAGAAAAGCUCGUGGAGGCAGCCUUCGAGAGCUGCGCCUUCAAAUCGCUGAUGAGCUGCGUGCUCGGGUACGGUUUGGGUGCCGCUAUCGGACUUUUCAGCUCCUCUGUAAAUCCCAACAUUACCGAUACACUAGCGACCGAAAAGCAGCAAACGGCGAAGGAAAUCUUUCGGGAAAUGCGCCAAGCGACACACUCGUACGGUAAAAACUUUGCCGUCAUUGGAGCCGUGUUUGCCGCGGUAGAGUGCGUCAUUGAAUCGAAACGAGGAGUUUCGGAUUGGAAAAACGGAACCUACGCUGGUGGAGUGACGGGUGGCUUAAUUGGUUUGCGAGCCGGUGUUAAAGCGGGAAUUGUGGGUGCUGCCGGAUUUGCUGCAUUCUCCACCGUGAUAGACUACUACAUGCGCCAUCGAUGAACGUUCGCUAGAUUAGGACACCUACCUAGCGCUAGUACCGAAUAGCUUCGUAUCGUUAUUAAAACUAAAGUAAUGUUUAAAAAAUGCACAAUUUUUUGUCAUUGUGUUCGUUGAGAAACAUCAAUAUAGGAUAUCAAAAGCUACUCAGCUUUUCCGACGCUUUUCACUCCAUCGGCCACCCAGUGAAAGCCUCUGUGAGCGCCACGCCACUCAGAUCGCUCGCUGGAGGACGACACUCUCGCUUUCUCUUCGGUGUUCCGUGUGUUCAGCUGCGUAGAUGAAAAAUUUUCCUCGUCGGGUAUGGUUCGUGGUUUGUGCACGGGUCAGCUAACAGCAGAAAACCGAAAAACAGCUGCAGCUGUUUAAAAUAC